AUGGAUAAAUUAAGCCAGGAACUCGUCGACAUCAUCUGCGACUAUCUUGAGAGUACCCUCGAGGGUCAAAAAACCCCAAAACUGGCUCCCUACGCCUGUAUCUCGAGACAAUGGAAAGCGGCUGUUGAAAGAAAGACGUUCGCAUUGAUGCCAAUCCUCUUUCCAGAAGCUGACGAUUUUGUUGCUUUAGUUGAUUCCGGCAGGGCGCGCUAUGUCCGAGAGGUUCAUUUCCAUGCCAACACCCGUUUCCCCGCUCCCGGCAGGGAAGGCAGGAUAGGUCAUCCGGAUUAUGGAUAUGUUGGCGCCAGCGUAAUCAAGGAUGUGUACCAGAUCGAAUUAUUGGCUGACCUUGCCACCGUAAUGAAACACAUGAGCGAGUGGGAGAUCGAAUACCCAAUCGUCUUCUCGAUUUCGGGUACUUGCAUUCGGUUUGACGAGGAUUCUCCUCCUCUUGAAUUCCCUAUUGUCAAGAACAUAAGGACAUUCCGCUGCCUCAUCAGAACUACAGACCCUGUUGACAUAUGCAAGCUCGCGACACGAAUGCCUGAGCUGAGAAAGUUUUCUUUUUCGAUUCCGCACCACAAAAAACGACAAAAUUCCAGGUUGGCUGAUGAGAUAGGGACGUGGGGGGAGAAGCUGCCACAACUCGAAAGUCUAGAAAUUAUGGGAGAACAUGACACCUUCAGUAGACAGAGACACUUACAUCGAAUGGGUGACAUGAGAAAUGAGGACGGCGUUGACAGGCUAUGCCAAGAGCUGCGGCUUCUGUCGCAAAAAAGGGGCUUCAAGCGCCUGAGAACAGAGUACGUCCCGAUUUCUAGGGAGCUUUUCGAAGACACACAGAAUCCCACAGCCAAGAUGAGCUGGCCGACUUUGGAAGAAUUCACCGUUCUGUUUCAUGAGAUGUCCUCCACAGGUGAAUGGUACCUCACAGAUGAGCCCAUGGGGCAGGGUCCUAACCAGGAUCUCCGCUUCAAGCACGACGAAGCAGCGGUAGCUCCAAUCCUUGAGCUGUUCACGAGGGCAAUUAGCUUAGAGAGUAGCCCGUCAUUGAAACGAGCGGGUCUGGGCUUCCAAAUUGCACUUCUCGAGAUGAGAACCAUGUUGGCGAGCUUCGGAGAGAAGGAAGAGGAGCCUGAUUUUCUUCCCCCUGAUUUUCUUCCCACUUUUGUUGUCGGAUAUGGUAGUCUCGAUAGCUUUACAUAA